CCCUACCCUCUACUUCUCUCUCACCUCCUCCUACCCACCCCGCUUCCUCGCACUCUCUACCCUCACCUCUACCCUUAACUCCUCGUGACUUCACUCCUUCCUUCUCCCCAUGCUCCCCCUUUCUGGCCCCUCCCCAAACCUUCCACUUGAGUUGAGAACUAACCUUUGCUGCUUCUCAUUCCUCCUCUUCCCACCUCCCCAUUCUGGUCCCUUCGAUUUCUUCUUCCCUCUCUCCUAAUCUUCCCAGCUUCUCUCCUUUCCCAGCUCCCUUCCUUCUGGUUCACUCUACCACCUACCCUUCUCCCCCCACCCUCCCCUCCCCCUGCCUCAGCCCUCAGUGUUUGCUUUUCUCCCGGAUGCGGAUGAAAGGGUUGGCUUGCCCGUGCCCUGCCCUACCCAACUUCUUGGCGCUGGGGGCCUGCUUAAUGGCUGAAGGUUCCCGGACUCAGGUGGCAGGUCAAGCGCCUGCUAUCAACAUCCAGUUCCUUCGAGCCCAGUAUGAAGGUCUGAGGAGACAGCAGAGGACCCAGGCCCACCUGAUGGUGUUCCCUAAAGAAGGGACCAUGCUUACUCCAGCUGAAUUGAUAACCAGUGUUGUUUGGAUUAACAAGGACAGAAAGAGCUCAUUGUCCCCGGAAGAAACUGACUCUGAGGUUGAGGGGAUGUUGGAGGAAGUGGACAGAAGCUGCCAUCAGUCUCCUGAGACUCCAUGGCACACAUACUUAGAGAUGCAUCGCUUGGUUCAAACCCUCCACCAGCAAGGGAACUUCAAAGGCUACCUCGUGGAGUCAGAACCCAGGCUGCCUCCAGAGGGAGACCCUAAUGUGUUGGAAAACAAUCAGAAGACUCAACAAGAAACCAAAGUCUUGGAGGCAGCCCAGUGUCAAAGUCAGGAGGAUGGUCUCCCUCUCCAGGCAGCAGGCUCCAGUUCACAAGCCAGUGUUCAGCAUCUUCCUCCCACAAAGAACUUGCACAGGUCUGGGAAAGCAGCUCACUACCCAUUUCCCCAGAGGAAACGUCCCAGGAUAUCCCAAGCUGCCCGGAACCUGGGUUUAUAUGGCCCACCCUGAAGUUUUCCACUCAGCCCUGUGUCUCAUCCUUGUGGCCACCAAUCAGCUCAUCAAGGAACAACACAGAGACACAACCAGACAGAGCCUUGAACAAUAAGCAACAAUCGGGCUACCCCAGUUGUCGGAAUCAUGGGAAAUGAACUUCUUAAUGAAACGUGCUCUCUUACCCACCCAGCCCAACUUUAGUUGUAUAGAAAAACAUCCCCAGUACCUGGAUGUUUUUCCAUGGUUAGGACCAGUAGAACAUUUGGUCCCAGAAGUAAAGCAGAAACCUUAACCAGAAGGAUAUUUUCACAGUCUGGGGAUCAGUGGUUACAGGACU